AUGGCGCUGCUGGAAGAGGCACGCCGCCAGCUGGAUGCGGAGGUGUGCGCGUAUUAUGUUCGCAGCACGCAACCCACCCCACCUCUCGCGCCGUCACUCAAAAGUGGCGUGAGCGCGGCGGCCACGGCGGGUACGGCCCUUACCAAUGUGGCUGCCACCCCCGCCGGGGUUGCCCAAGUCCAGCCGCCAAAGCGCGACGAGACGGGUGACGGCGUAGGGGGUAAGCCGCAUCGCACACCUCACGUGAGCAGCGGAAAAAAGUGCCCGAACGUAAGACAAGCCCGCGCUCGCCUGCAGGAGCUGAUCAAAAACCUCCAGUGCGCCACCAUCGUGACGGCGCAGGUGUCCUUGACAGAGGACAAUGCAACCCCGGCUCUCCGCAGGAGUACUUCCAAAGGUGCCCUGUCGACGCUGGCCACUAUUCCCUUGGCGUCCAGCGCAGCUGCCGCGAGACAGAGCGGAAGUGGUACCGGUGCCCGUGAGAGGGCAGCUGACGCCGACGCCGUUGAAGGCGCAGCCGCCUCGAGGGUCAUGUCGCGCCCUCCGUCGCCGACGCGUAGCUUGCUGAGGAUGAACUCCACGCUGACCAGUGCCACGACGGCAGAGACAAAACACCGGAGUGUGGCGGCGCACAACCCCGGUGCCAACCUGCGCCGACUAAACGCCUCCUCGGUGUUUGCCCAGGACUGCCUUCACUACGCAACCGCCCUCGCAGAGGCCGGACUGGGCAGCGACGCGCAGUCCUUCUUCCUGGAGCCCAUCGCUCAUGACAUCACCUCCCAAUAUGAGUUGGUGGUGGCCCGCUGCGUCGAGCAGCAGCCGCGAGUGGCCGGCGACCCGCUAAAGAAUCCGGAUAGCGCAUCAGCAGGCUCGGCAGCACCGGCAGCCUCCAUGCGUACCCCUCGCCGUCCACGCCUGAGCCUGAGCGGCGGGCAUGGCCGCGAAGACCGGAAGCGCACGUGCGUCGUUAGCGGGACGGACAACACCGGCGGCAGCGGCGCCAGGGACACCGGAGAGGACGUGAACCUCGACGAAGGCAACCGGGUGACGGACGACCUCGACGUCUUUGCCCCUGAUGUUCCUCUGCCCUUGGCUCUGAGGUUGCACAAGUGUGUGAUGCAUUACCAGACACUCGCCCUGUACAUUCGGUUUGGUGAAAUCAUGGAGUCGGAUGUGUGCGGCGACGCGGCAGACUUCGCAACAGCUCUGGAGGCGUGUGCGUGUGUAGAACAACUGGUGGCGCUUGAGCAGCGCGUCUUGCACACCCCCGCGUUCAGCGCAGACACUGUUCUGAAGCGCGAAGCAGCACAGCUGAAGGAAGACGUCGGCCAUAGUAUCAACGCACGACCGAAGACCGUCAGCGCCAUCACUGUGGCAGGCUGCCGUCUCGUUGACGUAAUGGCGGAGCCACUGACGGAGUCACCCCCAUCUGUGGCCUUGACUCGUAACGCACGCGCGCGCGACGGAGAGGCCGCCCCACGCAUCUACGUGGUCGAGGACACCGCCGCCCCGGUGCUCUUCACCAUGCGCCGGUACGUGGCGAACAUGUGUGAGCGACUGCUCGCCUACCUCUCCUCCACCUCAGCCGUGGCAACGGCAGCCAUGGACAUGCUGUCGUCUCCCCCGUCUGUGGCGCACGCCAAGGAUGUCGCCAGCGCCAUCACCCGCCGCCUCAUCAAAGCCCUUUGCACCUCCCUCUCCAUGUCGGAGCUGCAUCACUUGGAUACGCACGGCUCCGCACCUGCCCCGCCGAACGCCGCGGACGCGCUCAUCCGUGGUGGCGGCGGCGACAAGACGUGUUUCCCGCUGGCCGUCGUCGAGUAUCUUCCGUGGCGCCUGCACGAGUACUCGCUGCUCCAGAGCUGCUACACGUACUUGCAGGAAGACCCAUCGUCUGCUUCCACCGCAGCCGCGGUCGCGCAGCGGGCCCUGCACCAGGUCCUGCAGCUCAUGGAGCUCGAAUACCUCGACCCAGUACCGCCACCUGCAUCCUCAGUGCAUCUCUUAGAGACUGCGGUGCAGCAGUGCGCUGGGCAGCUGCUUGUGGCGAUCUGGAGAGCGGCGGUCGUGCAGAACGGCUCGCCCUACGCAGUGUGCCUAUCGUUACCAGCGGAGGUGGCGUCAAAACUGACGACCAACGGGAACACUGGUGAGUCUCCGCCUAACUCAACCGCGGCGGCGGCGGCCACCGCGAGCUCCGCCAUGGCCUCCAUCACCGCCCUUGCUCAGCAGACGGCAGCGCAUCUUCUCUCCAUGCAGUGGUCGACGCCGCCCGGAGCUUCAGCGCCGUCACUCACGGGCUCGCCGCCACAUGCCACGCAGCAGCGCGGCCAGAACUCGGGCAACUCAGCCGGUAGCAUAAGCGGCACCCGUCUGCUAGUAACUCUGUGGACGUGUAUCGCCCAGGUACAGCAGCAGUGCAUGCUCCUCGCCGGCAAGUCAGAGGCAGCUGAUGCCCUGCGCACCGCUGCAAUAAGCGAUGUGCAGUAUGACAACGAGGACACGGCGGGUGAUGGCACGGGUGAAGCAGCGGAGGGCGGGCACCUUGGAUCGCUGCCCACUACCGCCUCCUCGUCACCAGGGGGAAAGUCCAAGAAGGGUAAGGCCUGGAACUCAAGCGUCGGUACCGCGGCAUCAGGGAAGCACAAGCUCGACAAGGCAGCGGAGACGGCGCAGCUGGCAGAGCAACAGGCUGCAGCAACGAUGACCUCGCCUCUGCUGCCCACGAGUAUCGCCCACCCGCACCCAAGUGUCGAAGCCGUAGCAGCACGCUUUCCACGCAUGGCACUGGAGCUGACGCUGCAGCUAACCACAAUCAUUGAGGCCACUGGUGCGGUGCCUCGCUACAGGGAUGGCAUAGACAGCGCGAACAGUAGCGGCGCCGGCGAGGGUGUGGCACAGUCAUCCACCGAGGUGGCGGCGAGACUGUCGAAGAUCGGUGCUGGCUUUGGCGCCAAAGAUGGGGCAGACCGUAAGUCGCUCAAGAACACGUGCAGUCGCGCCACCAGCCUGACCAGCUUCAGCGAGACGGCGGCAUCCGUGCCUGUAGGCGCUGGUGCAUCUUCUCUAUUCACAGGGGCGCAGAUACGCACGCUGCAAGCGAUGUACCGGGGCUGCGUGGAGACGCUGGCGGUGCUCAUGCAUGGAGCCGCAAUGGCGGCGACAGAGCUGUCAUCCGUCGGCGCAGAAGUCUCCGUGCCGCCGUCCUCAUCUAUUUUCCAUGGUGAUGGCACCUGCCUCGGUGCCCUCACACACGCGGCCGUACUGCGUGAUGCAAAGGGCACCCUGGGCUUCGACGACGGCGUCGAUGUGCUCGUCGCUGGCGCUGACGUCGGCAGUGCACCCCAUGUGGAGCAACGAAAAGCCCACGCGACGCCAGUGGCGUCGCUCUUGCCCCGAUGUUUCCUGUACAAGGUGUCAGAUACGCGCUGCCUCAGCCGCUCCCUGACCUGGGAAGCACUCUUUCUUCCCUCGUCACGAAUAUCACCGGGGACGGAUGCCGUGCUCGCCGCGCGUGGGGCGCGUGACGACAUCGAAGACGCUGUACAGCGCUCUGUGGCAGCAUUCCGCACGCUCACCAUGGGGUCUUCGCAGCUCGCUAUUGUCGUUCGGGUGGGGGUGGCCUUGGAAUCGUGGUGGCGUAGUCAGCAGCAAACAUUCACAACCUCCAAGCUUGCGGCGGCGGCGACAACUGCGAGGAGCGCCGCCAAAGGGGCGAGCUCCAAGAGGAAACUCAAGAGCAGCACCACGGCCCCGCUGUCACCCCCGUGGUCAUCUGCGUCCGAAGUGCACUCCGUCGCGCUGGCAGCCUGCACACAGUGCAUUGAGCUGCUCCGCGUGUUGGCGCUUAGCGUGAUGAUUCAGCAGCAUCAGCAUUGCGUCGCCAAGGACGAGAGUGCGCUGACCGCAACGCUUCUCACGUUUAUAGCUGUGGAGCGCGCACUCAGAGGUGCUGAUGCACCCGCCGCCUCCGCCGAUCUCCUGCCCUCUAUGCAACGUCAAACGGAGAAGCACGAGAGGUACACAUGCCUCCUCUCUCUUGCCCAGGUGGGUCAGCGGCUCUCUCAGCUGCAGCGACGGUGCGCCAAUGGUGAAGGUUGCCGUGUACGCGAGGUGUCGUUGCGUGAGUUCACGGAGAGCGCGGGUCACUCCAGCAUCGAUAGCGCAGGCGGCAGCAGCAGCAGUGGUGGUGCCGGUGGUGACUCACGGCUGCUCGCCCCCGCGUUGCCACAGUCACUUCGACUUUACAGUGCAUCCGCAGCGCUCCUUGACAUGGUCACCGCCGCCCUCUGCGCACCACCGACCUCCUCUUCCUCUGCGGAUGGCCCAAGCGGGAACGGUGGCAGCAGCAGUGACACGGCCAUGGUGGCUGGGGGACUUCAUACGCCGAUGACGACCGCCUUAUCCGUGCUGAGGCCUGUCGUGGCGGAAGUAGCGCCGUUUCUGCUCCGUUGCGCCGGCGAGCUACGCAGCCAAUGGCAGCGGCAUCGCGCACUACGGCAGAUGCGCCAAGCAUGCGUUCGCCAUGAUGACGCCACCCACACCAGUGCAAGUGCCGUCACUGCACUCGCGCCACUCUCCGUUGAGGAGCAGGAGGCCAACGAGGAAGCUGCCUACGCAACGGUGGUGCUGCUCGUGUUGACAUCGAUGUGGCAAAGUGGCACCAGCGGCGGUAACGGUGGUAUGCAGCUGUCCGACGACCGUGGCGUACCCAACCUGGUGCACAGCGUAGAGUCAGGGUUCCUGCAGCUCGUACCAGCUCUACCCUCAUCGUCCGCGACAAUGGGGGCGGCAACAGCAGCCGCAGCGACGCACAUCCCGCCUGCGCAGCUGGCGCGACUCAUUGUACACGGUGUGACGGUGCGUCGACUCGUAGAUCGCGCGCGGAGGCACCUCCAACGCGGCGUUGAGUCCCUGCUGGAGCACACGGUGCCUAGGAGAGACAUCGAGACUGCUGGCGCUCAAGCCAGCACUUCUGCCUCGCCUUCUGCGCCACGCGAAAAGUCCUCGAACCACAGGCAGCUAAGCACGAUGCGAGAUGCCUUGACGGAGCUCACCUCUCUGUGGGUGACCGUGCGCUGGCAACUCGCACGUCUUCAGUCAUACAAGAGCAGCUACACCGCUCAGCACAUGGAUCUGGUGACGCUGCAGGAACGGCAAGAGCAGCAGCAGGUGUACGGUCGCACAACCGCAAAGGAGCUCCGCAUCUUACGCGCUCUUGAGCAGGCCACCCCAGUGCUCCCUGUCACCGCCAAGGAUGAGGAGGUGCGCCUCCGCCGCUGGGUGGCGGAGCAGCGCCAGCGGCAGUCGCAAUCACGUAUGGGUACAGCGAUGAACGCGUCUUUCCUGCUCCUUGAAGCGCUUGUUUGUACGGCGCUAGUGCCGCUAAACUCGCCCAACCCGAGUGCGCAGCAGCGGCUGCUGGACGAGGCUAUACGUGCCAUGCGCCAAGCUGAAGAAGAAUGCACUGCAAAGAAGCCGCCGAAGCCCAACGCGAACUUUCACAUCGCAUUUUCGUCGACAUGCACAGCGACGGCAGCAGUGACCGAGGCAUUGGUGCUCUACACACCACUACUGCUGUGGUGCUACGUUGCGGAGGCGUGCAACGUGUACGGCACGCGCGAGCAGGCGGAGCGGGUCCGCGAGGUGCUGGAUGCGCAGAUAUUGGCAGAAGUCCCAGCCACAACGAACUACACCCACGACGACGGUGCCGUGACGACCGUCACCACGUCUUUCAUUCAGCGACUCAUGCUUCAGCCGAAGUGGUCUGCGCUACACGCAAGCAGCACGACAACGCGGCUCGCCUGCUGCCGCGCGCUGAGCUCCAUGGCAGCCGUUGACACAAGCAAGGCUGCCUCGGGCAGCGACGCGCUAGGGAGUUUACAGGUUGUGUACCGACUGGUGCUGGCGUUGCAGAUCCAGCGGAUGCUGGAGGUGUCGGAGGAGCACAGCAGUGGCUCAGAGGACAACGGAAGAGGCACCAGUGGUGCUCCGAGGAAGCGAGAGAGCUUCUCGUCCUCUCCGCUGGCGGUCGAUACAGCCGAGAAGCUGGUGUCGGCCAUCCUGAGUUACUUCGCUCGUAGCAGCGGCAACACCGAAAGUAGGCUAAGGCCGAAGACGGCUGCGGCACCGCUCCUCCUGCCCCCGCUCGUGGCGCUGUGCGAAGUUCUACUAGGACUCUCCCCCUCCUCCCCACAAUGGGUCGAUGCGGCGGUGCAGCUUCUUGCUGUGCGCGUGCUGACGCUCUUUAAGGAGCAACUGACGUAUGUCAUGACAUCGUCCAUGACGGUGGCGGGCGCGACGGCCUGCCUCCCUGCUGUCUCGGGCUCAAUGCUGCAGUUGCUUUGGACAACGCUGCUGCACGUGUGGCACAACGUCUGGCGCAACCCCAACGCGCGGCAGCGUCGCUCGCUGCUCGCCAUGACCCAAGAGGCGCAGUGGGCACGGCGCGUGUUUGAUGGGCAUCAGCGCUUGAUGCAACAACGAACGGUGGCGGCGGCAGAAGUCGCGGGGGAUGCCGAGCCAGAAGAGAAGGCCACAAGCGGUGGGACGAUGGGCAGCGGUGGCAAGAGCGGGCGCCAUGUACGCAACACCAACAACGGUGGCUCCGAGGCGGCAGCAGGUACUCCCGGCGAUAGUGACGUAUUGGCGGGUCCUGUGCCCCCACUAGACUUUCCGGGAGUGGUAUACCUGGCGUUCGAGGACGCGCUCGACUGUGGGCCGAGGGAGCAAGAAGAGCGUGAAGUGAAGCCGAAGAAGGGAGACGGCGGCGCCCGUACCGUCAGCAUCUCUCCCACUCCCCUUUUCCCCACCACUGCAGCUGCCAGCACUACCUACUCGUCGAAACAGUGUUCCGCCUCUGAGCCCAGCACGGUACUCAUGCACGCCAGCGUUCCCGCUGAACUGGUGGAGCUCUUUGAGGACAUCCUCUUUCAUGUGCCCGCGCUGUGGCCAGUGAUCGCUCCCGCUAUGAAUGGCGGUGCAGUGGCUGACGCUGAUGCCGGUAUGGAAAGCAGCGCCAGUGGCACCGCGCACGAGGUGGUCAGCGCAAUCAUAUCACCGAAGCAACAGCAACGGCCACAGCAGCCCUUAAUAGACUCGCUUGCUGACUUCGUACGCUUUGCAAGUCAGCACGCUGCACGUGUGCUGCGCUCGCAGCCGGCAGUGUCGGUCGCAGACGCAGCGUCGUCGCCCGCUGCCGGUGGCGUACAGUCGGCCCUGCUGCGGCUGCAGGGGGUCCCUGUCCUGUACGCAGAUGUCAUGGUGGCGCUUCAGCAGUAUGGCACGAUGGUGACUCAUGGCGCGGCAGCAACACUUUCUGGCACCCGUAGUGCGGGAGGCACCCGUGGGCACAAUGGGGGCGCCGCUUCUGCGGUUCUCCUAGACGUCCUUGGCAAGUACAAGGAAGACCCUGCCUAUGCCAAGGUAGCCGUGCACGUGGUGCGAGAGAUGCUGGCCAUGUGCAGCGACGCCCAGGACCACAUCGACAAGAACAGCGGCGGCGGUGGCGGCGCAGCGAACCAAAACACUGCCACUAGCACCCCUGCUCGAAAGCGCCACACAGGCAGCAGCGCCCCCGACCCAGAGGCCGGCAGCGUCACCCCGAUCGCGGCGCGCAGCACAUCCGUCGCAACCGCGCUUGGCAUCAUUGCGGAUGCGCGCCUCAUCAUGCGCACGGUACGAGAGCAAGCCGAGCAGAACCAACGCUCUAUGGAAACCUACCUCCGCACUGUUGACUCCGAGACGCGGACGUGGCUGAUGUGCAGUGGGUACGGUCUGGAUCAUUCUCCUCAGCAGCUAGCCGCUGCGAACGCCGGCGCCAGAGAGACAUCACCCACCGUAGCGUCUUCAGGGAAGAAGGACAACCGGAAGGCGGCGGCGGCAGCAGCAGCAGCAAACAAGAAGCAGCUUGUCAAACGCGGCGCCGUUGGCAAGAAGGUGACGAGCAAGUCGAGUGCGCCGGACGGCGACGAGAACGAAGAGGAGACAAGGCGCGCAGCAACUGACGAGCCAUCCUACACCACCGUCACACGUGUGUGGAGCUUCGCCGAGCAGCAGAAGUUGAAGCAGCUUACCUGUGCCAUCGCGUGGUGGCGACGACGACGAGCGGCGCGGACGCUGCGACAUCGAUGCACUCAGUACAACAUGCCCUUCAUGGCCCAGAUGCACCUGUACGAGGCAGCACUGCUUCACAUGGGGGCGACAGCGCAGUACACGGCAAUGACACACGAGCGCCAUCUGCAAGAGCUUCUGCGCUUCGUCAGUACCGAUGGUAGCGGUUAUGGCGACGCACGGGCGUGUGCGGCUGUCGACAGAAAGCUAGCCGUCGUCAACCCUACUGCCACCUCAGCUGCGGCUUCCACUACUCAAGGUAACAGCAGUCCUGAGAAGUUCUCCAGCAGCAACAUGAGUGGCACUCCGGCUGAGGCACCGGCGGACCCGGCGCAGACCACCGUGAAGCUUCUCCAACACUGUGCCCGUGCAGCUCUUCUUUUUCAAUACGUUUGGUUACCCACACGUGUCACCGCCACGGUGCGACUAGCGGUGCACCACCUGCAGCAGUCGUGUGUGACCCUGCCGCAGAAGGGCUUGGGCGUCUCCUCUUCGGCGGCGAUAACGGCUCUGGUGAAACAGCUGCUGGCAGCUCCGCUCUUCUGUAUCGCGGCUGUGCAGCACGGCUACUGGGACGCUCGCCGCGAUGUACACGCAGAGGUCCUCCAGCCGACAGUAGUGAAGGUCGGCGCGGACGUCAGCUGGCACCGUCGCUUUCGCUUUCAUCGAAGUGUUCCGUCGCUUCUCUCCCUGAAGUCGCUGCUUGGACAGCACGAAGAGGUGCAGUCCGUGCGGGAAGCUCAGGCCUGCGCGCUGCGGCAGCGCCAGCACGAACAGCUGCAGCUGCGCCUAUGCGUCGAGUCAGAGGCGGCGACUCGAGCGGAGGCGGAGCGGGACGAGCUGCAGGCGAUGGUGCACACCCUGCAGUGGGCGCAGGAAUUGAUGCCACCACUCAGCCAGAGCGCUGCGGUCAAGGCAACACUGUUAGCCGCAGCCGAGCUGCUAGCCUCGUCCGCGACUGGCCUCGAUCGCGUCCAGUCGCGCCAUAGAAGCCCGCGGCAACGCACUAAUGCGCAGGAAACCGUCACAGUGGCCGGUCGAGAGUCGAUCCACGCUGCCGCCGCGGAAGCUGCCGCCACGAUCGCGUACUUCACCUUUGAGAGCGUACGACAAGGCGGCGACUCCACGGCGAUAAGCAGUGCUCGAGGCACAACAGCCAUGAUCAACUCUCACAAGGAAGUAAGGAGGGGGACUGGUGAGCAGCUCAACGCCUGCAGCGGCGGUGACGCCACAGGACGUACCUCCGUCGGCGCGGCCAACUACGGUCGCGACAUGCGUGAGGCCAUCCUUGUCGAGCAGCUGAUGUGCCUUGUCCACGUAGUUGCCUCCGCCCUGCCGAAGCACAGCGAAGCCGCGUAUUGCGUGGCACAGCGUCUCACUGCCGGUCGGUACGCCGGGGAGCUUCUCCCGCUAAUACUCCAGACACAAGGUGAAUCACGUGGUCAACCUCUGUCAGAGACGCGGGCAGCGUAUGCUGAGGCGCUACGCAAUAUCCCGGAAGGACCCCUGCUGCUGCGUGCUGCACGAACGGCGCGAGCGCAACUAUCAGCCACCGAGGCACAGGCAACCAACGCUCCUCAGAAAGAGCAACAGCUGCUGGAGCUCAUCCAUACGCCAGUGGCGAGUCCAUCUGCGGAGGUGAUGCUUACACGAGACCCCAACACAAGCGACGCCAGCUCGGCUUGGAAGGCUGUGGUGAAGCAGUAUCAGCGUGCUGCCCAGAGCCUGCGCGCAGCGGGACUCCUCCAGGCUCUUGGUGAGUGCCUCUACGAACAAGGUGACCUCUACCGCGCCGCCUCUCACCUCAGCGAUGCUGCGAAGCGGUGGUCCGACGCACUGGACUGCUUCCUUGCUACACCCCACGCACUGGAGGAUUGGCAUCGGCACCGCACUGUGCCCCCUGCCCCACCCAGCGGCCGUCGAAGUCUCGAGGAGUUACUCUGGAUUGCUGCCACACUCAGCGCUUUGGCGAAUCAUGCGUUCCCGACUGACAGUCCUCGUGCCACAGAUGCAAAGCUCCUCUGCGCCCUCCUUGUCCACCGCUACUGGCAUUUGCCAGGCGUGGUCUCAACCGCUGCCGCCAGUGAUGGCGAGGGCAACACCUUCGCCGCACGUACACAACACCCACCCCUUCCCCCCGCGCAGUACAGUCUUCUCGACGUCCAUCACGUCAGUUCUCCCUUCAGCGACGCACUCCGGCCGAUGGUCGUCGGUGUGAAGCAGCAGCACUCACCAACAGGAAUCCCGGGCGCCUUGACCGACGUGACGCGUGGGCUAAUCUCAGCCGCACAGAGCCUUCUCAUGAAGCCGCCCUCCGCAUGCUACAGCAGCGAGUCCGCCGUCUUGGCAGCUUUCAGUGAUUUCGUCGCCACAGUCCUGUUGCAGAACGUCGAGCUGGCAGUGGAGGCACGGCUGGUGCGUGCAGAAGCAGCGGCACACAUUGGCAGCUUCGCAGUGGCGAUGCACCACAUCUACGGGGUGUGCAUCGGUGCCGGGCUGCCGCAACCGGUGAGUGUCAUCCUCGGCGCAGGAGAUACCUUGCCGGGCUUCUUCUCGCUUGGGUGCGCUGCCGCGUCGCCAGCCGGCGCUACGGCCGUUGCAGUGGCCACGCCGCUCUCAUCGUCACCGCCGAGCAGCGGCGCCAUGGUGUCGUUGUCCUUCUACAGAGAUGAAGAGAGCCCGUCGUCGCCGCACAACACCGCAGCUGUGCGGGCGUUUUUGGCGGCGUGUCUACCGGGACUUCCCCUGGACGCUGUCGACAAGCACAGCAGCAUCGUUGCCAACAACGAGGCAGGCGCCCCAGUCCUGCUAUCAUUGACCACUGGUAUGCUGGCGUCGGCGGCGCUGGAGGAACGCUACGGUGCGUGUCUUACGCGGCGGCUGCAGUUGACGAUCGCAGAGGUACUUGUGCGUCUUGGUACGUGCGACACCACUUUCCUGCUUACCGCACCACCUACCGUGGCGGCAGCAGCAGUCUCAUCACUGGCAGCGACCACCUUCUCCCCAGCCUCGAGCAACCCAGCAGGCAGCGGCGGUAGGGGUGGUGCUGGCAGUGGCCAAAGUCGAACCUCGCUCAUUGAGGCCACGGCAACGCCACGUGCGGGGAGCGGCGGAGGUCGGGCCUCGCCGCCAUCUCCAACGCCGGCAGUCGCUGGCCGCAGCGAUCGACCUGUCAACGCCUGCACCGAAGCCUGCCGCUACGCCAGCGCGCUCCUUCAAUCCCUGGCCAGUGCAGACGUGUGCUUCAUCCUCACUGGGCAGCCUUCUCCUUUACAUGUACUGAGGGACGGCGGGGCCACUGUGGUCGGCGCGGCUCGAGCACCCAGUAACUCCGCGGUCGCCUCGUCCCCACAGGCGUCAAGAACAUGUCCCGGCACCUCGGCCCAAGGAGCUGCAGCGGGCGCGUCUGAAGCAGUCGCUGCGGCGCUUUUUACCACUGUGUCGAAGCCAGCGGACAGUGGCGACGGUGACUGUGGCGCUGCAUCUCCUUUUCCCUGCACCGCGUGGCUCGGCACUCUCAGGGCCAUCCGACAGCACGCCAUUCUGCUUGCAGCAGAGCUUCUCGCGGCGCAGGGGCGCUACGGCGCGUGUGUGGGGUGGCUCACUGCGCUCAUCGCAGAGCACAAUGAAGCACAGCAGUACAAAGUGUGCGAUCAGCAGCGGCAGUCGUCAUCAUUGGCCACCUCUCCGUUGUAUGCGACCUCCUCCACCCCCCACCGGCCGUCGCGGUCACAGACAUCGCGGAUGUCAGAAGCCUUUGUCGCCACGCCGUCCCCUACAGCGCCGGCGCCGCAUUCUCUGUUGAAGGGCCUCGGGUGUCAAGGCGGCACACAGGCCCUGGAAUCAUUUGUGUUCAGCUAUGAUCACUGGGUGCGUGUUUGGCUACUCAUGUGCCGCUGCUACGGUCACCUGCGCCAGUACCUGCAGCUGGAAGAGGCAGCGCGGGUGCAGGGGCUGCCCCUGUGCACAGCCUUCGGGGUGAGGGGGGCGAUGCCCGACGACAGCAACACCUACCAAGACACCAGCUGCUGGACUGUGUUUCAGCUGUAUCGACUGUACGCAUUGUCCCACAUGGGGCACGUGCGCGAGUCUGGCGAUGUUGUCGCUGCACUGGAACUAGGCCAUCGUGCGCCAGCGAAAACCUCGUCAGUAGCUGCUGUCACGGUUGAUUCACCAAUGAUGGGCGUUGCCGAGGGCCGAUGGGUCGCGGCGGCAGCCCUUCGGUCGUGGCACAAACAUCAAGGCGAGGCGUUUGAGUGGGCUUCGCCACUUGAAGACCUCGAGCAGCUGGUCCGGCUGGCGAUUACAGAACACGGUGUACGGCCCUGGCGACCAUCAACGUGCAUAUCCUCCUCGUCGCCCAGUGCUGUUGCAUCGUCGGAACAACGUGCAUCGCCGCAGCAGCAGCACUACGUGCUUGUCUCGCCAUCCGCCCACUCCGUUCUCCCCUCGCUCGCGCUGUCACGGUGUGCGAUGACGGCGACGCUGUGGAGGCUGCAUGACAUGAUGAAUCACUACGCGCUGGUGCAGCAGCAGCAGCAGUCCCUGUUGACAGCAGUGGCCACGCCUGCAGCUCUUAGUGGAGGUGGGACGAGCAGCAGCGAAGCACGAGACAGUCGUCGCGCUCCACAGCAGCGCCUCACAACGCCAAACUGUAGAAGGGCGAACACCAGCACUGACCUGGCCUGCACUUCGUUUACGCCCGGCCUCCCCGCGUCAGCUUCCAGCAGCGCGGCCGCCUCGCUAGUGCAAGCGCUAGAAGUUGUCAGCCCUCAGUACAGGACAUCAGCGCACGCCAGCUGCUGGCUUGAGUCUCAGUUGUGGGCAGCGCAGAUUAAGGUGCAGGAAGUGUGCGCACACCUGCUGGUGGAGGCUCGUGAAAGUGAGGUCGAGGCGGCGGGUCGAGACAGCGGCGGUGACGGGGCUACGACGAGGGCUGAGAAGGAGUCGGUGCUUGUCGCAUCUCAGACAGGGAUGCCGCCGCUAUUGUUGUCCAGAGAGGAGGCACUGCGCGCCCUUCCAGCCCCUGUGCGGGAUGUGUGUGAUCACCUUCUUCGCGUGCUGCACUUCUGCGUUGAGCUGCCGGUGCAGCGGCACGUGCAUGUGCGUGCCAUUCUGCUGGACCUUACAAGGGUUGUCUCCACGUACGCCCGCGUGAUCCGCGCGCGCGAACAUCGCACGCCGCUGUCGCACGGAACAGAGUCCUUGUCAACGGCGACCACCGCCGAGGCCAGCCUUGCGUCGCAGUGGGAGAGCAUCGCCGCCGCGUGCGCGCUCUUGGCGGGGCUGGUCUCGGAUAUGGAGCGGCGUGUGUGCACCGGGGCGGACAGCCUCCGCGGCUACGCCACAAACCCGCGCGUCACCGCCGCUGCAAUCGCGAUUAACGAGGCGACCACCGAAGGCCAUGGACAGACGCCGUGGCCAGAGUCACUGUGGGCAGCACUGCAGUGCACGCAAGACACGGUAGGCCGAUUGGCUCCGGCUGCGCACAGUCACAAUGCAGGCAGCAGUGGCGCCGCAGCUGUUCUCUCGAACCCAUUCUACAACACCCCCUCCGCUAAUCCGAAACAGCUGGUUCUGGACAGUGGAGCAGCCUCUUUCGCAGGCAGUGCCGGCGCCGAGUCAGACCGCGGCUCCUCUUCGGGUCGUGGGCAUAGAAGCAGUGGUAAGCGACUGACCGGGUUCGAGCCUCCUGGUGCGCCGCCAGCAAUCUCUGCCGCAGUAGCAGCGCAGCUUAGCGUGCCGACGAUGGCGCUGACGUACGCAACACUCUGCAGUGAAGCGGCCGCGGCGCGCGCGCUAACACCGGUGGCUGACGCCCUCGAGCACGACAUUGCACAGCAGCUGCUGACAAGCCACCUGCAGCGUCUUUCGACGCCCGCUAACUGCACGUAUCUGUGCUACAGCGACAACGAGCGCCAGGCGCUGCUGGAGAGCAUCGGGGCGGUGCUCGUACAGCAGCAGCAGCAGCAGCAGCAGCAGCCCUCACGGCGCGGCGGCAGUGGUGGCCAUUCCAGUCGUACAAGCCUAGCGGCGUCAUCGUCGUCCACCAACGCGGCAGCUGGGGCGAGUGGGGGAGGCAGCUCCCUGCCGAGCGUGAAGUUCACGGAAGCGGAUGUGUGGAAGGCACUGACACCGCCGGUGCUGUUGGCUGAAGUCCCGGCAGGCCUCUUUUCCGCUGUCGGAGCUGAUGCACUGGGAGCACCGCUGUACAAUUCCGUCGCCGCCGCCGCGGUCUGCACCGCCCCCGAGGUGAGAGCUGCAGAGGGAGGGGCGGCGGCCAUCGUCAAUCGUGAUACGAGCAGCCGAACAAAGGCCUUGCAAGUGCGGACGUCCCUCAGGAGCGGCGCACAUGAGGCGCGCUGGCACCUGUACCUGUGCGUGUCACCUCUGCAGGAUGCGGAGGUGGCUACUGCACCGCCGACUCUGCUGCCCGGCUCGGUGGUAGCGUCUCUUGACAGCUGCGUCCUGCUGCCGCCAAGCCACAUCCUCGCCGCGACGUCCACCGCAUCGACGAGCUCCUCUGGUAUGACCACCUCUCGUCAGCGUAACAUAUCACGGCAGCUUGCCGCUGGCACUGGGACAGGGACAACAGCCAGUCACACUCUCCGCACAGGCGGUCAAGCAGCGCUGCCUAGCGGAAGUAUUAUAGGCGGUGCGAAUCAUGGCACAGGCGGCGCUUGGUGGCCGUCCAUCAUCGCAAGCGCAGCCACCUCUACGCGUGAAGUGCUCGUGCCGUCGACAAACUGGGGAUUACUGGAUUUCAUCCAACAAUACCAACAACAACGUGAGUCAUCUAAGCAGAACGCUGACGGCGAUGUCAAGACGCCAUCUCUGCCGUCUCCGGGUGCUCCCGCUGCGCCUGCCACGCGCGGCAUGCGCAAACUGAGGCGGGGGAUCAGCUUCAGCACCUCCGCUGCAGCGUUGACUACCGCAGGCAGCGGUGGUGCGUCGAACGCAGCAUUGCACCACAAGAACGACGGUGCGGCACGACCAUAUGAUCCGGUGCCGCUGCGAUGGACGUGCAUCUCUCUCGAGGUCUCCGGCAGCGCCGUACGUACCCUGCGUCGACACCUUCGCGCAGUGCGAGUGUGCAUGGACCGGGUGGAGGCCGAAGAAGGCACCGCAGGCGGUUCAGGCGAAGGCCCUUCAGUUCGUAAGAACGGUGGGGGCAACAGCAAGCGCACGGAGGACGCAGUGAGCAGCGCUAUUGGGACUGGUGCUGCGGCAACGACAGCAGUGGAGGCUCAUGGUGCGAAGAAGAAGGACGAUCACAGCUCUGUCGCCACCUGGCCCGCUGUCAGUGGCAGCAGCGUCGAAAGCGAUGCGGCGAACGAUCACGCGGCUGUAGCACGCGGUGCCUUGGCGGCCGCUGUUGCACAAGCCCACUCAGCCCUGCGGUCACGUGUCUUGGCAGUCAGCAGUGGUGGCGGUGGCGUGGGGGGCAUGGCUCCAGGUGGCAGCGGUGUGCCCCCGUCUACCCCGCAAGGAGGAACAGGAGACAGCGGUGCGCGGGCGGGCUUCAGCAGCAGCUACCCUGGAGGGACAUCCUCGCCGGGAUCGGCGGCCACGGCGAAUGGCGGCGCAGCGACGAGCCCCUCAACCUCUUCAGGGCGCAAGACCGCGAACAAGGCGUGCGCCUCGAGCCGCCACCCCUCAUACGGCAAUAGCAUCGGUGGGCAUGGGAACGCUGCCACCGGUGCAGGGGGCGCGGAUGGGCUGCAAACCGGGACUCAAGUCGCCCAUGAUGAUCUCGCAGACGCAGCGCGGGCUCGACAGGUUGCCGAGCGUUGCCGAAGGCUCCAGAAGCUUGAGGAAGAUCUCGACGAAGCCAAAUCAAGCCUGCUGAUGGAGCUGUUGGAGACCAUCGUGAGCGCAGCGUGUGCAUCCUCGCUGAGCCCCACGGCCGCAGGGGCCAUGCUGGACGAGGCGCGCACCGAGGCCGAUGUGCAGCGGCUUCUUCCGCGGUGCGCCCUCUCCAAUGACGUGAUUAGCUUCCUCGAAGAAUGGCUCGUAGGCGACGCGGCUCUCAACGUACAUGUGAAGGAUGCUGACCACGACGCUGGCGGUGAUGGUGGUGGCAGCACUAACAGCGACGGCGACUGCAGUGGUCACAGUAGAACCACAUCCCUUCGCUUCUACAGCCCCGGCUUGCACGAGUGGAUGCAGCGCAUCUCACGCUAUGUGGUGGAGCAGCAGCAGCAGCAGUGA